AUGUUUAUUAUUUUCGGCAACGUCCAGUUCAUACCUGGUAGAUACGGCGAGUGGCAAACUGCCUACGACAAACUGGCCGACUAUGUUGCCGUUCAAGAGCGAACCUCGACUUUAACAUAUUAUUUUGGGAUACCGUUCGAAUUUAAGAUAAACUUCAAAGAUACACCACAUAUGCUGGCAUUCGAGGCCUAUAACACGCGUGAGGAUUUAUAUGACACUCAUUUGAACUCCCCGGAGAUGCAGGACUUUCUGGCCGCGGUCCCUAGCACCAUGUCAACAGGCCUUGACCUCUCGCACUACACCGAGACAGCGGGGUUCCUAGAUAAAUCCGGGAAUUGCCAGGAGUGUGAGGCCAUCUACGACACGCGGGUUGAAUGCUAUACACUAGAGGAUAGAAAUACUGCUUUAGCUAAGCUCGCUGUAAUAGCUGAGCACAUUGCCGAAUAUGAAGACGGCACAUGUACAUUCCUGGUUCUGAAGAGCCUAGACAGCGACACUCAUUUGAGGAUUUUUGGACGGUAUUCUAGCUGGGACGCAAUGCUUUCACAUCAGAAGGGAGACAAACUGGUAGAUUUAUGGCUGGGUUCAAAGACAGGAAUCAAGAGUAUGGAAGGAAGAGCAUAUGUCCCGAAUGGUAAAGGUUGGCUGCACCAUUAG